AACUAUUUGUCAGAGGAAAGCAGUGAGAGGGAUGGUAGCCACUUUACACUUUACAUGUAUUAAAGUAAAGCAUUCUGUAUUUUUUCUUUUUAACCAGCUACUAGAAAUCAAUAGCUGGAUAAUGGAGAGGUUUUGUCAAUAAAAAAACAACUCCUAAAACCAAAAUAAAAAUAAACUAAAUCUCCUCUGUUCUGUAUAAUGUUGUCCAAGUGACAUUAUCAUGUCAUCUUCCUCUUUAUGCCAUUUCCUCAAUGUGACAGAAAGAUUAUUCAAGGUGCCCUAUCAUGUGAUUCUACCAUGUUGGCAAAACACAAACACACAAUAUAUAACACAUGUUAUUAUACUUUGUUGAUUUACUUAGCAAAAACAUUCAUUGUGAUUCAUUCCAAGAGGCCCUCAUAGAUGCAACAUUUCAUGAUGUGGUUAAGAUGCAGCUGUUUGUAAUUAAACAUUUGGCCAGCAGGUGGAGUCUUGUGUCAAAACAUGUGGUUCAAUGCCUCAUGACUAAGAUCAGACAAUAACGACUCCACACGCUAUAUUCUCCUGUACAGUAGGUGGCGGUGUUCACCUUCUGAGUCAGGGCUGCAACCCACCCGAAAACUAGAAGAAGAAGACGAAAGGAGCUUUGUUUUGAAAAGGGAACCCGAGUCUUAGAUGCUGACAACGGGAUGGCUCACCAGACAAACCUCGCUGUUUCUUCUCGAACGGAGAAAAAAGCUUUAGAAAAAGCGAAGAUACUCCAACGAGAAAGUGACAGGGAAGUCUUUCGACUGGUGGGUCGCAUUCUGAAGAAAACGGAGGCUGAAAGAUCGGAGGAGGAAGCUUCUGUUCUUCUUUUGCACAGAAACCUUGUCGACGAACUUAUUAAAAGACAAACGCGCAGAAAUGAACUCAAGAGAAAACAAGAGGAGGUGUUUGACGAUGCAGAUGAGCUGAAGAGGAAGGUGAGGCAGCUGGCGAUGGCCGUGCAACAAGCAAAACAUUUGGUUGUUUACACGGGUGCUGGAAUCAGUACAGCAGCAUCCAUCCCUGACUACCGAGGUCCUAAUGGUGUUUGGACUCAACUGCAGAAGGGUCGUGUUUUCAGCUCUUCAGACCUGAGUAAAGCAGAACCCACGCUCACGCACAUGUGUAUAAAGAUGCUCUAUCAAGACAUGCUAGUGAAGCAUGUUGUGUCACAAAACUGUGAUGGUCUUCAUCUACGUAGUGGUCUUCCCAGGCAUGCGCUGUCUGAGCUUCAUGGAAACAUGUUCGUUGAGGUGUGUACACACUGUUCUCCAGUCAGGGAGUACGUGCGUCUGUUUGACGUGACGGAACGGACUUCACUGCACCGUCACGGCACGGGUCGCAGGUGCUCCCAUUGUGGCAAGGAGCUCAGGGACUCCAUCGUGCACUUUGGAGAGCGAGGAACUCUGGAAACUCCUCUCAACUGGAAAGCAGCUGCAGAGGCAGCCAAGAUGGCAGACGUGAUCCUUUGCUUAGGAUCCAGUUUGAAGGUGUUGAAAAAGUACGCUUGUUUGUGGUGCAUGAACAGACCAGCAGACAAAAGACCAAAACUGUACAUCAUUAACCUCCAGUGGACACCAAAAGACGAUCUGGCCGUGCUGAAGAUUCAUGCUAAGUGUGAUGAUGUAAUGAAUCUCCUAAUGAAAGAACUUCAUAUUCACAUCCCAGUUUAUGUCAGGGUGGACGACCCCAUCUUCAGCUUGGCCACGCCCCUUCACCCCGACGAGCAGCACAGUCACACGCGUGCGCUCAUCGCUCGUCAUGAUGUCAUCGAUGACAUCAUCGACCCCUUCAGUGACCUGCAGCAGCCGUCAGAAAGCCAGCAGGUUUGUGGCGGCUGGUUUGGACGAGGUUACGGCAAAGGAAGGAAAAAGAAAAAAACUGCGUGAAGAUAAAACAUGAAGACGAAUUAUCCUUCAAGCUGAGGUGCUCGUGUCUUCUCGUUUACCAUGUGAAGAAAUAUUAUACUUUCUGAUUUUCUAACUUUUCAUAAAGCAAACAAAACAUUUUGUUUGAGUGAUCACAAAGUUUAUGGACACUCAUCAUGAAUAUCAUAUUCAUUAUUAGAACAUAUUUUAUAUCCAAAGAAGUUUACACUCUUUAUAAAUGUUUGUUGUAACAACAUCUAAACACGUUUACAAACACUCUCCAUGAAUAUUCAUUUUCAUAACAUAUUUAACAACUUUGUAAACAAGUUCACUAUGUAGACGCUUCAUAUUUAAUAACAUAUUCUACACAAGUUUACAUUCUUCAUAACUAUUCAUUUUUAUAACAUUUGAUAUCUUCUACACAAAUGAAUGUACACCUCAUUAAAAUGAUACUCGUUUUAAUAGCAUUCUAAACACGUUUAUGUACACUCGUGUCAUUUUCACAACAUUUAGUAUCUUCUACACAAUCAUGACUAUCCUAUUCAUUUUCAUAACACAUUCAUUAAUGACGUCUACGCAAUUUUGCGAGUGUAUGAUAUUCAUUUUCAUAACAUUCAAUCAUGACACCAACACGUUGACUAACACACACAAUGUCCUUUUUCAUAACAUUCAAUCGUAACAUCUACACAAGUUUAUUAACUGUUAGAAUAAGCUCAGUUAUUUAUGCAUACCGCAUACACCACUAAUAUUUGGUUGAAUAUGAAUGAUGUUUUUCUGAAAAUCAUUGCGAUUAUUUUAUGAAAAUUAAUAUGAUCACAUGUCAUACAAUGUCACAAUGGUUAAAAUAACUCAUUAAUAUUCCAUAUACAGUACAAAACCAGUGAAGUUGGCACGUUGUGUAAUUCGUAAAUAAAAACAAUACAAUGAUUUGUAAAUCCUUUUCAACUUAUAUUCAAUUGAAUGGACUGCAAAGACAAGUUAUUUAAUGUUGGAACUGAGAAACGUAAUUUGUUUUUGCGAAUAAUCUUUAACUUAGAAUUUCCUGGCAGAACACAUUGCAAAAAGGUUGGCACAGAGGCAUUUUUACCAGUGUGUUACAUGGCCUUUCCUUUUAACAACACUAAGUAAACGUUUGGGAACUGAGGAGACCAAUUUUUGAAGCUUUUCAGGUGGAAUUAUUUCCCAUUCUUGCUUGAUGUACAUCUUCAGUUGUUCAACAGUCCGGGGGUCUCCGUUGUGGUAUUUUAGGCUUCAUAAUGCGCGACAAAUUUUCAAUGGGAGACAGGUCUGGACUACUGGCAGGCCAGUCUAGUACCCACAUUCUUUUACUAUGAAGCCACGCUGUUGUAACACGUGGCUUGGCACUGCCUUGCUGAAAUAAGCAGGGGCGUCCAUGAUAACGUUGCUUGGAUGGCAACAUAUGUUGCUCCUAAACCUGUAUGUACCUUUCAGCAUUAAUGGUGCCUUCACAGAUGUGUAGGGCACUAAUACACCCCCAUACCAUCUCAGAUGCUGGCUUUUGAACUUUGUGCCUAUAACAAUCCUGAUGGUUCUUUUCCUCUUUGGUCCGGAGGACACGACGUCCACAGUUUUCAAAAACAAUUUGAAAUGUGGACUCGUCAGACCACAGAACACUUUUCCACUUUGCAUCAGUCCAUCUUAGAUGAACUCGGGCCCAGCGAAGCCGGCGGCGUUUCUGGGUGUUGUUGAUAAAUGACUUUCGCUUUGCAUACUAGAGUUUUAACUUGCACUUACAGAUGUAUCAACAAACUGUAGUUACUGACAGUGGUUUUCUGAAGUGUUCCUGAGCCCAUGUGGUGAUAUCCUUUACACACUGAUGUCGCUUUUCGAUGCAGUACCACCUGAGGGAUCGAAUAUCUGUAAUAUCAUCGCUUACGUGCAGUGAUUUCUCCAGAUUCUCUGAACCUUUUGAUGAUAUUACGGACCGUAGAUGGGGAAAUCCCUAAAUUCCUUGCAAUAGCUCGUUGAGAAAUGUUGUUCUUAAACUGUUCAACAAUUUGCCCAUGCAUUUGUUGACAAAGUGGUGACCCUCGCCCCAUCCUUGUUUGUGAAUGACUGAGCAUUUCAUGGAAGCUGCUUUUAUACCCAAUCAUGGCACCCACCGGUUCCCAAUUAGCCUGUUCACCUCUGGGAUGUUCCAAAUAAGUGUUUGAUGAGCUUUCUCAGUCUUUUUCUGCUACUUGUGCCAGCUUUUUUGAAACAUGUUGCAGGCAUCAAAUUCCAAAUGAGCUAAUAUUUGCAAAAAAUAAAGUUUUCCAGUUCGAACGUUCAGUAUCUUGUCUUUGCAGUCUAUUCAAUUGAAUAUAGGUUGUAAAGGAUUUGCUAAUCAUUGUAUUCUGUUUUUAUUCAUGAUUUAUACAACGUGCUAACUUCACUGGUUUUGGGGUUUGUAUGAUACUUAUAAACCGCACCAUCAUUUUAAAUAUCACUUUUUCCUCAGUAAAUGUCCAAGCAAUGAAUGCUUUCACUUUCCUUUUCAGUUACGUUUACAAGUGCUUCAGUCAGUGCCAGGGGGCUUUGACAUAAUCGUGUUCUACUGUAAUUGGCAGCUCCAUCUUCUUUUGGAUGUUUUUUUGUAAUAUUUGUUGUGCUAGAAGUUCUCAUUUGAUCAUGUAGUAGACAGUACACUAUAUAGUAGUCCAGUACAUAUUACUUCCUGUACUCUCAUAUGAAUGCCAACUUCUUUACUCUGUCGCUGAGAUGUUUGCUGUACUGUUUAUUUUGUAAUAAACACGUGUUUAUUUGUAAUAAACACGUGUUUAUUCGUACUGAAACGUUUACAUUUGAUUUCUAAUGACAAUUGUUUUUGCUUACAGAAUGUUUACCGAUGUCCAAAUGUCAAAUAUUGUGUCUCAGGAAGGUGACAGCAUUGUGCACGUGUCAAAGGUUAUAAGGGGCCAAAGUAAGCAUAUGGAGCUGCUAUUAUUUUUUGUAUUUGUGUACAGUAUUAUUAGUAAACAUAUUUGCUAAAAUUAUUCUGCUUCACAAUAAAGAAAUGAUAAAAAAAUACUUUAAUGUAUGCACAAAGUUAUCAUUUGUCAUCAACAGUACCUCCAAUUAUGACAGUAUACAUCUUCAUAUACAUCAUUUAUCCAUACAAAUGGUAAGAUGUCCUCUGUGGUGGACAUGAGGACUCACUACUAUACUACUUUUUUAUACGCAGAAAUGUGUCUAGCCAAAGUUAUAAUUGAUAGUAUGAUGAAAUGUGCUGUGUUUGGCGGUAGCGGGUGGUGCAUAUUGUAGCGUCCCGGAAGAGUUAGUGCUGCAAAGUAUUCUGGGUAUUUGUUCUGUUGUGUUUAUGUUGUGUUACGGUGCGGAUGUUCUGCCGAAAUGUGUUUGUCAUUCUUGUUUGGUGUGGGUUCACAGUGUGGCGCAUAUUUGUAACAGUGUUAAAGUUGUUUAUACGGCCACCCUCAGUGUGACCUGUAUGGCUGUUGAUCAAGAAUGCGUUGCAUUCGAUUGUGUGUGUGAGAAAAGCCGCAUAUAUUAUGUGUCAGGGCCGGCACGCUGUUUGUUUGGAGAAAAAGCGGGCGUGACGACAGGUUGUAGAGGACGCUAAAGGCAGUGCCUUUAAGGCACGCCCCCAAUACUGUUGUCCGGGUGGAAAUUCGGGAGAAUGGUUGCCCCCGGAGAUUUUCGGGUGGGGCACUGAAAUUCGGGAGUCUCCCGGGAAAAUCGGGAGGGUUGGCAAGUAUGCCUUUACCACUUUUGAUGUGUGUCUAGGGUCAUUGUCCUUACAGCUCAGUUUUUGUUUCAUCUGACCACAGAACUUUCCUCCAUUAGGUCUUAUCUUUGUCCGUGUGAUGUCAGAUGAAACAAAAAUUUAGCUGUUUGGCCACAAUACCCAGCAACAUGUUUGGAGGAGAAAAGCUGAGGCCUUUAAUCCCAGGAACACCAUUCCCACCGUCAAGCUUGGUGGUGGUAGUAUUAUGCUCUGGGCCUGUUUUGCUACCAAUGGAACUGCUUUAAAUGGGACAAUGAAAAGGAGGAUUACCGUAUUUUUCGGAGUAUAAAUCGCACCUGCCGAAAAUGCAUAAUAAAGAAGGAAAAAAACACAUAUAAGUCGCACUGGAGUAUAAGUUGCAUUUUUGGGGGAAAUUGAUUUGAUAAAACCCAACACCAAGAAUAGACAUUUGAAAGGCAAUUUAAAAUAAAUAAAGAAUAGUGAACAACAGGCUGAAUAAGUGUACGUUAUAUGAGGCAUAAAUUACCAACUGAGAACGUGCCUGGUAUGUUAACGUAAUUUAUUAUGG